AUGGACAAAAAAGAUGGUGUCGCUAAAUCUGGUAAUGUAGCACAAACCGGUGGCUCUGGAUCUGUUACGGGGAAUAUGGUGGCGCCAGGGACUGGUGGUGCAGUUCAGAUACCUCGGGAUGCUUUCGAAGCAAAUACCAAGGCCUAUUUUGACAACCUUCAUGCCAAGGACAAGGCAACUAAGUGA